AUGGCUUUAGCUCUUGUUGAUGUGCUGCCUAUUGAGGGUGGGUUUAUGGCAGCUGUUGAGGUCAUAGCUGAGGUUGUUGGGGCUAAAGCAACUCUUGCUGCUGAUGUUGCAGUUGCUGUAGCACCAGCUAGUGGGCCCAUGAGGUGGAACAACAACACCUCUGGGUUUGUGCUUAGGAGGAUGGCUCAGUUGCUUAGUGAUGGCACUAGGCCUAACAAGGUGUUCAUGGACAAGGAUGUUAACCUUGUAGCCAAGUGUCUUAAGGACUACAGUGGGGAUGCAGUGAGCCCAACUAAGGACCACCCUAAGGAUGUAGAGUUCCUUAACUAUCCUAUGAGAUUCUACUCUGAGAUGGAGACCAUAUUUGGGCAUUCUAUGGCCACUGGUAGGUAUGCACUUGGUUCUGGUGAGGCCCUUGGGGUCAACCAGGCUGAUAGUACAGUUGCUAAGGUUGAGGGCUUUGCCUUCCACCAUGUCCCUAAGGAGAAGACCAACACUAAGGUUGGUGAGGGCAGGCAGCAAGGCCACAAAGCAGCUGCAUUCUACUAUGGGUGGGAAGAGGAAGAGAGGGAACUUCAUUGA